AUGUUCAAACAAUAUAUCUUCAUCCUCUUUGCGGCAUUCGCACAUUUGAUUUUAGCAGCUUCACCAAACACCUCGGGCACCAUCAAUGGUGACACUGCAAACUACACAAUAAGUUAUGAUCCAGGUGCCAUUGAAGACUCUGCAACAUUUUCAUUCCGUGGUAGAUUAUACACCAAUUCAGAUGUUGAGUUUUCAGAUGUCAAAUUCACUAGUUCCUUGACUAAAGACUUUGUUGAUAUCGGUGGAACUGGUGUUACUGGUACUUGGAAAGUUUCACAACCUGAAGAUUUAGUUGGUAUCUAUAUUUUCGCAAAGACUAGUGAUGGUUCAGAUUUCCCUGAAGGUGUUGAUUUUUCAGUCAUUGGUGGUUACGUUUUGGAUAACGGGACCCAAAGCACUUUUUCACAAUCUAUCACUGCUUGA